AUGCUCCCUGACACUCUUAUUGGCUAUAUCGACGUCGCCACCUUGCAGGACAUCCACCUGUACCUCAACCAGAGCGCGCUCGACGACGACCUUGCACUGGCUACUUGGAUUAAGGAGCACUUCCUCUAUGAGCCGAUCACUUCGCCAGGCAGAGAGAUUCGCACCACUCUGGGAUUCUUCCAGCUGAACCGCGCCUACCGUCGAGUACGCUCGCUCACCAACAAGGCUCAAGACAAGUGGCCAUUCUUCAGCCGCGCCUGGAAAGAGUUGUCCAUUGCUCAAGUCCGCAACAACGCGCGAGGCGAAGCCGCACCAGGAGUUCCACUGACCGGCAUGAGCAAUGCAAUGCAUGGCUCGCCUAUGAGUAACGAACAGCAUGGACAAACGAGCGAGUGCCCCUCCGACACCGUCACGGCAGAAGCACUGAGUCAACCUGGUAGCUUGCAAGAUGCUGUCCAGAAGUCCAUCGAAGACGACCUGGAAGCCGGCAAAGUUCGCGGCCGCAAUGGUCGCUUCAUGCCAAAGGAGGACCCCGUCCGAUCGACUCGUGGCUCGAAAGCGAAGCCGGCGCGGAAACUACAAGUCACCAAGAUGGAGACGCCUGAUGGCGAAAGCGUCAAGGCCACGUCGCCGGCACCCCUCACUAUUGAGGGUGAGACGAUGGUCGCUGCGCCCCUGACCCCGGCCAGCAUGACGCCGCCGUCGCCCACGUUCAAGCUGGCUGCCGAGUCCGAAGCGGUUUGGACGACGCUCGAUAGGCUGCCUCCGGGCUCUUGGCUGGCCAAGAAGCGCAAGAGGGAGGCGCAGGCUGAAGAGGGUUCGGCGCGAAAGCGCGCGCGGCCUUCGCUGUCGCGAACAGGCAAGGCCGAGGGCCAAGAAGGAGAGGUUACUCUGACUUUACCAGAGAGGACUUAG